GAUGCUUCCGGCAACAACAGCUCGUCGAGCGAUGGCGCUGGUGACGGGGCUGCGACGACCACUGCUGGCGCGUGGCAGCGUGGUGGCUCCGAUCCGCAGCUGGCGAGGCCUGCAUGCCAGUGUCACCAAGGCCAGUGAGAACACUCCUGCCGCUGACCUCGAGCAUCGGGAGAGCCACACGUUUCAAGCCGAGACUUCCAAGCUUCUCAACAUCGUGGCCUCCUCUCUCUACAGUGAACGUGAGGUCUUUGUCCGUGAGCUCAUUAGCAAUGCGUCAGAUGCCUUGGAAAAGCUGCGUUAUAUCCAAGCCACUGGCCAGGAUGUGGCUUUUCCCGAGACCCCGCUGGAAAUCACCAUUGAAGCUGACCAAGAACGCAAUACCCUCAUCAUCUCGGAUACCGGUAUUGGUAUGAACCACGACGAGCUCGUCUCCAACUUGGGCACGAUUGCUCGCUCGGGCAGCAAAGAGUUUAUGGAAUCUUUGGCCGACGGCGCCCAGACCGGCGCCGCUGAUGCGCGCGAAAAGAUUAUUGGACAGUUUGGUGUGGGUUUUUACUCUGGUUUCAUGGUAGCGGAAAAAAUGACCGUCUACACCCAAAGCCACGCUGCCACGGAAAAGGCUUGGCUGUGGGAGUCUGAGGGCUUGGGGAGCUACACGGUUGCCCCAGCCAGCCAAGUCGUGCGUGGCACACGCAUUGAGCUCAAGCUGCGCGAUGAUGCCCGUGAAUUUGCCGAUGCCGGCCGCAUCAAGGAUAUCAUCAAGAAAUACUCCAACUUUGUCGGCUUUCCCGUCAAGGUUAACAAUGAAGUUAUCAACAGCAUUCAGCCGCUUUGGACUCUUCCGGCCUCGUCUAUCACCCCCGAGCAGCAUGAAGAGUUUUAUCGUUUCAUUGGCAACAGCUACGAUACUCCCCAAUUUGUCAUGCAGUACUCGGCCGAUGCACCUCUGAUGAUUCGCAGCUUGCUCUACACCCCCACAAGCAACCCAGAAACUUUCCUUGGUCCCGGUCAGGUGCAGAUGCAAAUCUCCCUCUACUGCCGCAAGGUCUUGAUCAGCAACGAUUUGGAAAAAAUGUUCCCGAGCUGGAUGCGCUUUGUCAAGGGCGUGGUGGACAGCGAAGACAUUCCUCUCAACCUGUCUCGUGAGAUGCUUCAAGAUUCAGCCCUGAUCCGCAAGAUUGGCAAUAUCGUGGUGGGCCGUUACAUCAAGCAUUUGGAAAGCCAGAUCAAGGAGGACCGAACCAAGUUUGAAGUCUUCUUUUCUGAAUUCCACCGCUUUUUGAUGGAGGGCAUGAUUACCGAUUAUGCUCACCAGAAAGGAUUGUCUCGCCUCUUGAUGGCGGAAACGAGCACGAAGCCAGCCGGGGCCAUGAGCACCUUGUCUGAGUACAUUGAGCGGAUGCCGGAAGGUCAAAAGGAGAUUUAUUAUGUCAUUGCCAAGUCUCGUGAGGCGGCCCUGGCCUCGCCUUACAUGGAGAUGAUGAAGCACAAGGAGAGCGAGGUCCUCAUUUUCACGGACCCGGUGUACGACCUUGUCCUGCGCCAACUCAAUGAGUUUGAGGGCAAGGAGAUUCUCUCAGUUGAAUCCUCCCGUGUCGAGUCAGAGUCGGAGGAGAGCAACGGCGAACUUUCUGAGACUGAAGCCGCUGCUUUCAAGGGUUGGCUCAAGAUGACGAUCGGCGACACUGCCGUGCGUGAGAUCAAGACAUCGUCGCGCUUGGUGGAUACGCCGGCCAUCAUCGUGGACCAUGACAGCGUGGCACUGCGCCAGCUGCAGCAAAUGCAGAACAGUGGCAUGGGUUUGACGCUUCCGCCCCAGGUGCUUAGCAUUAACCUCAAGCAUGACGUAGUCAAGGGUAUCCAUGAGAUGUAUCAGAAGGACUCUGCGAGUGAUAUGGCCGCACUCGCGGCUCGUCAGCUAUUUGUCAAUGCGCAAAUCGCCGCCGGUCUUGUCGACGAUGCCAAGAAUCUUCUUCCUCAACUCAGCCAGGUGCUGCAGGAGCUUUGCCGUGCAAAUGGACAAGCCGCCCAGUAGUCGUGGCCCUUACUCAUUCAAGUCAUGACCGUUGAUUGAUCCUUUCGUUCCGGAGCUGGCCAUAACAAAAAAUUGAGAGUGCAAUGUGUUG